UGACUAUUUUGUUACACUGCAGGGUAUUUUGUCUAUAAAAUCACAUAGAGUUUGGGUCCCGAAGAAAACAAGGAGCAGUUAUUGGUCAAUACCUUAACAAAGCUUACUUCGUGAUAUUUUCCAAGCCUUCUCCUCCAUAUGUAGUCCCAUCCGUCAAAAUAUUUGGCCAAAGAUGAAGAAGCUCUUGUUGAAACUCAAAAGAACGACCUCUAAAACCCCGAAGCUCGACGUAAACAUUGACCGAAAAUUUUGCUUCAAAACUUUGGAGCUUUCCCUCCGCGAAGGUUUCAAGAUUUGCAACAUGUACGCCGGAGGAAAAUGCCUGAAGAAUGGAAUUUGAAAGAAGCAUAUUGCUUCAAGUUGCUCAAUCGGACAUUAGACAGUAUCUGGUUUUAUUCCGAGCGAGUUUGGACUGUUUGUUAGUAUGUUAGAGACAUAUAUUACACCGCUCUUGAUGAGCUAUGUUGAUAAAUAUAUAAAGAACCUGAAGCCCUCUGAUCUUAGUUUAUCGAUAUGGGGAGGAGACGUUGUUCUGUACAACCUGGAGCUCAAUCUUGAUGUUAUUGAAAAGGAGCUGCAGUUACCAAUCACCUUCCUUAGUGGCAGGAUCCACAAACUCCAAAUCCAUGUCCCCUGGACCAAACUUGGCUCAGAAGCAGUCAAAAUCACGAUAAACACUCUUGAGUGUGUGGUCCAGCUAAGGGACCCUGCGUAUAAACCUGACCAUCCAGACACCACAACCUCGCUUGCUGCAUUCCGUGCUGAGGCCAAAGAGGCCUGUGAGGAGAAGCAUCUUCAGGAUCGGGGAGAUCCACCACCUCCUGGUUAUGUCCAGAGCUUGGUCAACAGAGUUGCUAACAAUAUCUCCGUAUGUAUCCACAAUGUAAUCUUGAAAUAUGUUGAAGACGACAUUGUACUCUCCCUAAAUAUCAAAUCCGCAGAUGUCUUCAGCGUGAAUGAGAAAUGGGAGAGGGCAUUUGUUGACAUAACUGCUCCGGAUUAUGUCCUGCACAGAGUCUGUAGCAUUUCUGAUCUGACAGUUUGUCUGGAUAAGAAGAACACAAGCGGUACCAUUGAUAUGUACCAAGACCCCCUGCUCUACAGGUGUGGUCUCGCCUGUAGAAUAAAGAUACUCUAUGACCCGCAUUUCAGACCUAAGAAGACAGUCUUCAAUGUUUACUGUGAAAGCUUGGAUGUUACAAUCACAGAUCAACAACUUCCUCUAUCGCUUAGGCUUAUUAAGUUAUGCAUGGCGUUGUACUAUGUAACACUGGACUUGCCUGGAUGUAACUAUAAGUCACACCCUGCUGCUGAGAUGGUCAUGCAAAAGAAAGGGGAUUCCCAAAGAAGAACAAGCAAUGUUAGUUUAAACUCAAAUCCUAAUAAUGAAUCAACUAAUGUUCCCACUGGACCUCAGGAUGACUGGUUAAAUUGGGUGUGGUCUUUUGUUCCUGACACUACUGAGGAUGAAGCCAAAGAAACCAGGUCCAUUCCUCCUUAUGCUUUGGUAUUGUUUGGCUUCUACAUAUCACAAGUGACAUUCACUUUAAAGCUCACUGAAAAAGUCAGUGAGGGAUCAUUCUUUGGAGGCCAAAGGUUCCAGUUCAAGCCAUUUCUCAGCUUUGAGUUAUCUGGUGUCACGGUGGAGGUCAUCAUUAAGGGGGAGGAGUUCUUUGAUGCUCAAGUGGGUGUGACGUCAGUGAUGGGGUGGACACAUGGGGAAUGUGUGUGUAAACUUAGGGAUGAGUUUGCAGUAAGGGCCAACUCUGAUUUGGAAGAAGUUGAUGAAAAGGAGGAACUGAUUCUUACCAUUAAGGGACCUCCAGAUUCAGCCUCAGAGCCUUCUGGCUUUCUCGUCGGCUCCCUUUUCCAUGCUAGUGAUCAGACCUCUCUAGUUCUUCCUGAACUGGUGUUUGACAUGAACAAUUUCAUUGAGCUGAACUCUGAGUCUUACGCCCUCAGAAGAUAUGGGGCCUUCUUCUUUGACUACCUUUACACCAUGGAAAUUGAGCCAGAAAGAGAUAUGAGCAUUAUUGGUGAGGAUGAGGAGGAUGGUGAUAUCGGAAAGAUUAGACUGGUGAAAGAGUUCUCUCACAAGAGAAUUUUAUGUGGGCCCACUCACUUGCAGUGUACAGCUAACUUUGUCCACCGAUUGGAACUUAUUCAUCAACUCUCUGAUGAUGGUACACCUGCUCGCAAAGAGAAGAGUGAGCUGUUUUACGAUGAUUUCAUUGAGAAGCAGCUACUCGCGGGCAAUAUCCCUAGCCGCCAGUUCAGUAUCGCCCUAAUCUCCGUUACUGUCUGUAUUCCUGGUGCUGAUCACUGGCGUGACAGCUCAUCCUACAGUGGGCAGGGCCUACACAGUGCUGGCAGCCUCCAUAGCAUACACGAACAGAGUGGAAAAAAUCAUCAACAAAUCGCCUGUGUGCUGCAUGUGGAACGACUUGAGUUGGAGACGACCACGCCCAUGUACCCGACAGAGCUUGCCAAGCUGACCAUGGCGAACGCUGGUCUCCCUGCCGGCAAGAACAUGAUGCACCAUGCAUACAACAACACUGUUAUCAAGGUGUUAGGUGCUGAGCUAGGACUGUCCCAGAUCACCAGUGAUUCGCUUGACCAGCCCGUGAUCAACAUAAUGCCGUCUGUGAGUCUGAUCGCAUCUUAUCAUGACUGCAUACUCCCAGAAUCAUGGGAGCACGAAGGGCUGACAAGAAAUGAAGUUCAACUCGAGUUACCGAGUCUCACUGUGGGCUUCACAAAGCCUGAAUUUAUCCUGAUGGCGAACAUUAUGACUUCAUGGAUUGUGACGCUCUCUGGAUCACUCAAUGAGUCGCCUGACAAGUGGAACAAAGUACCACAGGGGCUUUUGGAUGUCGUGUUUGAACCAGAAAGUCCAGCUCUGACCAAACUAGAGGUGUUUGUCGACAACACAGAGUUGCAGUACUGUGACACAGCCGCUGUCAUGUCCGUCAGCGGGUCCGUGGGCUCACUCCAUGUGUCUAUACAGCCAAUAGCAAAGUCUAGAGAAUCACGCACCCCCCUUCUCCAAGGACCCAUAGACACUUCCCUGGUAUACACAGGUAACAUGUUCAGGGGGGGUGAGGGUUACCAAGUGGAUCCGGUGGAGGCUAUAGGUCCUGUGAUGAGCCUGACCAUGCAGGUGCUUCAGACACCGAAUGAUGGAGAUAGUACACCUGCUUCCUACACCAGUAAUGUGAUGUUACUCCACAUCAAGGGCGUGGCCAUAUGCCUCGACCCCAUGCUGUAUGCCUGGCUGGGGCACAGCCCCCCUUCAACCCCCUCGUCCUCUUGCUCAAAUGCCCGUGAUAGAGACACCCGAGCACAAAGGCAUCAGACGUUAAGAAGGACUUCGUCGAUAGGUACACCAAGAAAGAAAACCUUUGCCAGAGGUCACAGUUCGGUUGCUUCACCUAUCAGAGAUAAAAAGACUCGCCGAGAGAGGUCUGGCACUAGACCGAGUCCCGGUGAAAGGACUGGGGAGAGUAGUGUGAAGACUGGAGAGAGUCGGACAUUUGAAGCCUGGCUUUACGACAAGCUGUCAAUCAUCACGUCAUUUUCACUACAGGUUGACAUUCGGAGUGUUAUUGCUUUCGCUCCUGAGGCCAGCCUGCCGUACCUGUCUGGAACUCAAACGAUCACACACAACCUCUAUAACCUGGCCCACAAUGGCAAAAACAACCUUCUUCCCACCACGCUAGUCACGUGUCUACCCUGUGUGCAACUCAACAGCGCAGGGCACACCCACAUCCCGGUGCGCCAAAAACUACCCCUACACCUCCCCAGAGAGCCAGGGAAAGACGGUAGCUCCACCCUUCCUUGGACGCUCAAAGCGGACAACUUAGCAGUGUACUCUGUCCAUCGCUCCUCCUCUGGGUUACCUGUGGUGCAUAGCGUCUUAGCGCCUGUGGGUUCUACGGCGGUACUAGCGUCAGCAAAGUCUUCAUCCGGGACUUAUAGCCUGGGACACCCCCACCCUCCCCUUGCUGGGCUACAUGGUGCGAGGACGUCGAGGCCUGAGGACCACAGGUUUCCCACCCUUGGUUUUUGCGUGCACACGGACUUCACCCCUGUUGUAGUGGAAUGUUCAAGGAAACAGAUCGUACUUCUUUCGAAUCUUCUUGAACCCCUGCUUUACACCAUAGUCUCCCAGUUGCCCGUCGGUGACGUCACUUCCGCUCCCAGCAUGCCCUCCGCACCUGCCAAGGUCUUGACACGGACUUUGUCCCAGGCUUCCUCGUCUGCACUGGAUCAGGCAGACCAGGAGAGUCUUCAUUCUGGCAGCGAGUCUUCAGCUUCCUAUACCCAGGUUCCUGCGCAAGCUCGCGACGUCAAGGUGUCGCUAUGGUUACAAUGGACACUGCCUCGAUGCGUGGCUCAUCUGUACGGGAUGUCUGCGCACUCGCCAACGUGUGUAACCGCUGACCUCGAGGACCUUACCGCGUUCAUCGAUUACCAAGAGACUCAGUUGCAAAUGCAAUACAAAGUGGGAGCAUUUAACGUCACGCACUCUCAACAGAGAGAUGGUUCCUGGAGCCCUGGGCCUUUUAGUGGCAUCAUUUUUUCCUGCAAAGACAUUCUUUCUCGUAAAUCUCCAUUCAACGCGUCCUCGCGCAUUUCGACCAGCGGUUUGAACCCUGAAAACUCGCCCCAUGGCCCUCACGGCUUUCUGACAGUCAAUUACAAGCGAUCAAGUCUUCAUUUGAAGCGACAGCGCUCCGUGAACGAGGGGUCUGGUACUGAGCGCGUGACAGAGAGCUGUUGUAAGCAGCAGCAUGAAGUACGGGUCAGCGUACAGCCGUUUGAUGUGGUUUUAUAUAUCCCGGCAAUCAUUGCAGCCGUCGAUAUCUUUGAUUUGAGUGUUUGGGACAAGUUUGGUUUUCUCAGUCGACAGGAUUCAGGAGUGGCCGCCAAAAACUACGAGCAUUUGAAAAGCCAGAGUAAUAGAGACCCAGAUGAUGGGACCACCUACUCCGCCAACCUUCUGCCCCUCCUCUUCAUCAACAUGCGGGACCUGCGAAUCUUCCUGCCCACGUCACCGGGACCUCCUGCUACCGACCACACCCAUCAACCCCCUGCACCCUCUCAUAUGGAUGACCACACCCAUCCAACCUCUGUACCCUCUCAUAUGGAUGGCUACACCCAGACACCGGAUGUACCCUCUCAUAUGGAUGGCUACACCCAGACACCGGAUAUACCCUCUCAUAUGGAUGACCACACCCAGACACCGGAUAUACCCUCUCAUAUGGAUGACCACACCCAGACACCGGAUAUACCCUCUCAUAUGGAUGACCACACCCAAACAUCGGAUGUACCUACCUACAGGGACGACUUGGUAGUCGUCCACCUCUCGUCCAUCAACUCCUCUCCACACCCUGACAACCCCAACAGUCGCCUGGUUUUGCACAGAGAUCUACACGAGCGCUUCUGCCGGUUUGGCCGUAGUAGCCGCCAUGCUCUUGGGUAUGACCUGCAUGAGGUUCAGUACCAAGUGGAGGUGACGGGUCUAGGGGUGUGGUCGGGACGGUGGGAAGAGUUGUGUGGCAAGCUGUGUGCGGAAGGAGAGAGAAAAGGAACCGGUGGAAGUCUGAUGGAGCAGAACCCGGCAUUGGAGUGGAACACGCAGUUGUGGCGCUCUACCCAAGAGAUCUACAUCUCGCCCCUUGUGUCAGCAUUCGACCUGAGAUUUAUUCUCGCGCCCGCGGUAUCGAUGGACAUAACCGUCGCCACGGAUACGGGCCAACAGUUGUGUGAGAGCGUGCCAGUGUGCGGAUGGGCAUUGGAGUGUAACGUCACUACAGACGUGGAAUGCUUUCUCCGCAAAAGCCAGAUUCAACUUUUGCAAGCGCUUGUCUGGAGCAAUCUUCAAGCGAUAUCAUCCUGUAGUCUCAUGAAGACGGUCACGUCUACUGGAAAAUUGAUACCAAGGGAACCACACUCGCAGAACUCUGGAAAGGUGAUUCAACACGACGAGAAACCGGACAGUGGGUUUCGACCGGACAGUGGGAUAGGAAGCGGCUUGACUCACACAACGAAGAAAAAAGACGAAAGAGUGCUUAUCCAAGGUCUUAGAAAGUUUCCAGGAAACGCUGACGGUUUCAUGGAACAUGAUAAGAUACCGUGGGAAGUGUUUGUUGCUGCAAGAAGGCUGACGAUAAGAGCGUACCACCAAGGCACCCGAACGAGGCGACCGAGUCUUCGCAGUAGCUCUCUGUUAACUAAGUCUGACGCGCCAGGUCGGAUGGUUACGUCAUUGAUUCGACCAGUAUUUCAGCUCGAGAUGGUACAUCCAGCGGUCACCCUCAAUACGCAAGCGCGGGAGCCCCAUGUAAGGUUGCUGUGUUACGAUGCUGGAUUAAAGGGAGCGGUGAAUAAACAAGGGUGGAUAUCACGUGACCUCCCCGAGUCGUCGGACUACCCAGUUGAUUGGUUUGUUACACGUCUUGGGGAUCCUGAUCCCCUCGGUGUACUUCCUUCGUUACUGACCAUAAACAUCAAACGAACGAGCACUGGGGCAGCUGACAUUUGCGUCGACCUCGGCCGUCCCGCCAUCGUGUCAAUCAAUCUGGGCAUCAUCGAUGCGCUGUCGCAAUUCAUGUCUGGAUUAAUCAUUCCAUCUAGUCAUCAACCCAGUCCCUCUCCGCCUCGCCCAGGCACAGCUAACCCGGUAUCCAGACUGGCGUCGAUGUCCAAUAUUUCUCUGACAACUCGAGAGGUCACCCUUGAAGUGUCAGCUGUUUCUCACCUUGAUGAGCCUAGUAUUACUGUGUCGGCAGCUAGUGCGAGAAUCGGAACCCAAUUCAGAGACUCUUUGCGCAAAGUUGACGCCAAUGUUACGAUGGAAGGCCUCCUGAUGUCUUGUAUGCUGCAACAGAAGUGUUUCUACCUCAUCAAGCCGUUUGCGUUUGAUGGCGACUUGGAAAUGACAUUCUCCCCUCAUAGCCUCUCUGACGCUUUCCCAAGUCUUCCACAGGUCUGCACGAGGCUAAAUAUCGCCUUAGUACAAGUGGAUAUCGGACAGGAGCAUGUCCGGUGUCUGUCCCUGUUGUCCGACCUCAUCCAACAGCAUGUUAACGAUGAUCCCAGUUCAAUGGAAGGAAAGACGGACAUCAGCGAAAGUAAGACAUACACCAUGGAAGACGAAUUCGAGUCUAAAGAAGGUAAUACAGAUAUAAAGGAAAGAAGUACAGCAGCCAAAGAAAAAGGUACAGAAACCAAAGGGAGCGAAGCAGUCUCCAUGGUAAGCGAUCCUGAUUACAAGAGAAACGACACAUUUACCUUGGGAUCAGUUUCAAAGAACAAUGAAAGUCAGCGAGAUACCAAGGGAAAAGAGUCAGAUACCAAGGGAAACAAGACAGGCGCUAAGGGGAGAGAAGCAGUUAUCAAGAAUAGAGAUACGUAUAUCAAUGGAACAGAGACGGACACCAAGGAAAACGAAUGGAGAACGCUACCCGGGAUGGAUGCCAAUGACAUUGGGACAUACGUGGGGUACUGCCCAAAUGGACGCAAAAUAGGAGGAUCAGAAGAUAGAGUACGACGGCAGCAAAGAGCCGGUGACUCUGCGAGAAGGAGCUUUGAUGAUCUAAGAACUGGACCCUUCACUUACUUAUCCGAACAAGGCAACCCGAGCAAGCAUCCCGAACCAUUUGAGAUCAUGUUCACUAGUGACUCACGUGAUAGACCCCCCACGAUGGUCUGGCGUUACCGUGAGCCGCGAGCAUUGUCAGCGGUCGAGGUGCUGCCGCUGCCUUUUACGUCCCCGGUGUUGGUCAAUACACUUAACAUGGGUGAUGAAGUACAGGUUCCAUGUGUGUUGAGCUACUGGGACAACCUUCAGAAGUCAUACAUUAUUUACAAGGAGUUCUACAUCUCGGAAAGUCGUGCAUGUCGUAUAGCACUUCCGGAUCCCCUGACCGCUGACCCGGCCACAGUCGUAAUUGCGGAAGAGUGGCAGAUGAUUGUAGAUGCAAGCGUGGAUAUCGACUACCCUGAUGAUAACAGUGUCGGUGCUGAAACGGGCUCCGCUUACAGCAGUCCGUAUCGCGGGCUCAUCAGCCCUACGUCACUUGCCGCGUCGGCCAAGGUCAACUCUGUGUUCACCUCGGCGCUUAUUCCCGCUGUCUCGGCCCAGAUCUCUAUCGGUGUCCUGGAGCUGAAGCUUGUUAACCACACAAAUACUGAGAAGCAAGAUCUGCCAUCUUACCUAGACGACUACAAGCUGUACCCAUCCCUCCCCCCAGAGCAAGAGUUUCUACUGCUCACUGUGGAAGGUCUGAGUGGCGUCAGUAAGCACUUAGGGGGCGUAGGAGCGGUCACAUUGGCACAGUUCGAGUGGAAUUGUCACUGUGAUUUGAUUGACUUUGGGGACUUGACAUACAGGCGCUUUCUCAGUCCAUGUGACGUCAGAUCCACUAGUGCACUGUAUCAUGGAAAUUUGAAAUGCCCCAGUUUCUGCGCCGACGUUCAGUCCGAGCGGCGCUCACUGUGGUUGGAGUCUGGUGUCGAGAUUAGUAGCGCACUGGUUCACGUCAGUCAAAGCACUGUGCACACGGCAGCACUAGCCGCGGAAGCCUGGGGCCAAGAGAAAGAAGUCAGCUUAUUCAGCCAUUACGUCAUUUGCAAUGAGACGCAACAGGCGCUACGCCUUGGACAGGUGGAUACGGACGAGUCUCUUAUUCUCCCCAGUCGCCACGCGCUCUCUUACUGUUGGCGAUCACCACGCUCUGCAAGACUAGAGCCCAGGCUACAUGUGUGUAUUGAGGCUGAGGGAAACUGGCGCUGGUCGGAGCCGUUCGAUAUCGAUGGCGUGGGAGUAUGCGCGCGCACCAUUAAUCACAGGCUUCACAGCGCCACUCUAUUCAUUGACGUGAGACCACUAUCGGGAGUCCAGAAACAGGUCAUCAUUCGUGGAACAUUGCAGAUCUCUAGCAAGCUGUCAAUCAACGUCGAUCUGCAGAUCCUCCGACACCCAUCAAUCACGGACUCCAUUAACAGUAAACCCACCCAACAGGUGUGUGAUAGCUUCUCCUUGACUCCACACACUACCCUACCCUCGUACGUCGUGUCGCACGCCGGUUUGGCGGGCAUGCGCGUUAGGAUCCCUAACUGUACCACGUGGUCUGAGAUACUACCGCUGGACCAAAUGGAGCGUGACGGCGGGAGCAAAUCGCAGCAUCUGGUCGUCCAGCUCCUUGGUGUGAAGGAUUUCGAGACUUACUGCAUGUGGUACCACGUGACUAUGACCCCCUACGAACAACUGCAGAUCACGCUUUCGCCCCUGUUUGUCAUGCGAAGUCAUCUUCCCGAACCAGUCCUCAUGAAUGUGCUGACGGUCAACACAAGCGUGACGUCAUCUUUGCCUGUGACAGGCCAAGGGAAGGAGCAGGAAAUUUUGAAUUUGCCGCCAAAUUGUUGGCACCACCUGACAUUCCAGUUUGCUAGUGGCGGGAGAAGCUCCAGCCCCGCGGUCCCUCUCAACUCGACCUUGAUCGACCUUGCUAACAAGGUCAACCCCGAGACAUGUGACGAUGCCGUGAAACCACUGGACAGUGUUUGGCCGUACUGCAGAAAGAAUUUCAGCGAACGACGAAUUCAAGAUGACGUCAUGCCGUCGCCAAAAGGCACGACCCAGCCUCCACUUGUGCGCUACGUGACGUCACCGAGGCGAGCCAGUGAUCACGUGGCUCCAGAGUCUCGAAUCACUGGGCCUGGCCGAGUCUCCCCUGAUAUAACACCACAGGAGAUCCAAAUACCUGAUGUCCAGCUGCAGUGCAGAGUGGUGAAGAAAUGGGAGGAUUUGAGUACGCUGUUGAUCGACAUUAUUCCGUGGUGUCUGCUGGUCAACAAUACCGUGGACACAGUGUCCAUCCGGGACUGUGAAACUGGAGUGGUGAUCGAGCUGCCGGCAAGUCAGACUGUAGCACCACACAAAUUCCAGGGCAAGGUUCAGUUUGGUGUUACGUUUCCUGGAACUUCGUCUAAAAGCUGGUCCAGAACGAUGGACUUUCCUCACAAGCAGCAGGACAAGCCUGCAUCACGUGGUCAACAAGACUCUACCACCACCCCGGAUCACGUGACCGUCUCUGUAGCUCAGGUGACCUCUACUGGCCAACCAGUCGCAGCACUGUGGUUGAUGACGUCACGAACGUGUUAUGGUGUCCUCGUGGUAUCAUUGGAAGAGCAAUAUUGCGUCAUCAACCAGACAUGUCAGGAGUUAAGGGUCUACUCUGUGCUUACCGCCGGUGGUACAAAGGUAUCUACCGAGCAGUUUACCAGUGAACGUGCCAUGACCAUACAAGAUGCCUGCGACGUUUCGGUGCCCAUUCGUUGCUGGGACGUUGCCGCUACCUCUGCACUGGUACUGGACGAAGGUGGCAACGCCCAACUCGGUGAAGCCUCCCCUCUCUUAUGCCUUUCCCUAGACCAAAGCAAACAAUCCAAACAGACGCGUCAGACCGGAAACAAUGAAGCUGGAGUGCACUCAAGGGAAGAUGAAGACCUUUUCUCUAGCGGGCUAGAACCUGGUCAUACUGUACACAAACUAGACAAGCAAGUUGAAGAUCACACGAACUCUAAGCCGGGGCUAGAUGAGAGGUGUUCUAAGGAUGUGGAGUCGGUGCCGGCUGCUACAUCGGAUAUAUCUCAUCAAGGUGACCCUGUAUGGUCGUGCCCUGUUUUUGUUAGUUCUGGUACUAAACGAUCCAUGGUGGGAGCCACCCUGUCGCGCGACAAGACCACUCUACCGCUAGUCCUUACCACCCAGACUUGUGGCGGUAUCGUCCACAUCAUCGUCGCAGUUGAUCAUUCCCCCAGGUUCAUCCUCUACAAUGACUGCCCUUUUACUCUUCAAUUUGGGCAGGCUACACCUCCGCAGAGUCCCUCCUACCGUAAGGGCUCGCCUGAGAAGAUCGUAGUCAUGGAGCAGAUGGACCCUAUGUAUGUGGUCCCUGAAAUAGGGGCCUUCAGCAGCAUGCACUACGAGUUCCCUGUGGUCCGUGAAUGGUUCAAGACGUCGAGUGAGGUGCAGAAGUUCCCCGAUGUUCAUAUCCAGGGCCUUUACAACGUCACAGUCUCUGAGAUUUUAGAGGGUCCCGAGGCUGCGGUGCAACCCGGAUUAACGACUGAAGUUCCCCAGGGAUGGUCCCACGGGUUCGAUAUCAACAUACCGGGAAGGUUCCCUGUUAACUUGCCGGGAAGAGGUAGGGUGACAGUUACUGUAAAUAAGUCGAGGCUUAGCACGGUUGUCCGGAUAACACCCUACAAUGACGAACAUGAAUACGACUCCCUAGCACCCGUGCCAUCAUUCACUACUUUCGACGUUGAGGUCGUUGUCACACAGCUUGGUUUUUGCUUGAUUGAUGAAGUCACUCAUUUGAGGAGGCCGUACGAGGUUGUUAGGGCCACAGUGGACGGAUUAACACUGAAGCACUCGCUCAUUCCAAAGAAAAGCUCAGACUCAGCUCUUCCAGAAUUCUCUAUGAGUAUUGCGGGACUCCAGUUGGACAAUCAGCUUGAGGACGACCUUUACGAGUUUGCUGUGAUCGUCCUCCCGACCGUUACCCUCGAAGGAGAUCACGGCUCUGCGCCUAAACGUUCGCCCAAGGAAGCAGGACUUUUGAAGCCUGUUUUUAAGCUGAUUGCUCGUUAUGAACCAGGCUGUGAAGGAUCAAGCGCCUUUCUGGAAUCUGUUGAUUUGGCUCUGGAGCCCCUAACGGUGUACAUUGAAGAUACUUUCAUCUAUCGCCUUGUAACCAUCGCUGAAACCUUCCUACCGCCAGUAAGAAAACUCGAUGAAUUGACCUCUGUAAAUGACAUCCUUAUUUUGGCUCAGCCCUCGCUUAACCCCACUAUGGUUGGCUUACUACGUAUUCAUCCAAUCACCAUUCAUCUCACACUCCAUGCGUCAAUCAAGCUUUUUAUUGCCAUGGACGACACGCCGCUUUACUUCGGUGAACUCCAACUCUCCCCGGUUUACACCCAAAGUUCUGCGCUCGCGCAAAAGAUCUUCUACCACUAUCUGUCAGCAGCGGUGUUCAAGGUCGGCUGGGUUCUCGGGUCUCUAGAGCUACUAGGAAGUCCUGCUGGCCUUAUCAGGAACUUUACUCAGGGUCUCUCGGACUUCUUCUAUCUCCCAUACGAUGGGCUUACCCGAGGGCCAGGCGCUUUUGUGUCGGGAAUGUCUCGGGGAUUGUCGUCUUUCGUUCGGCAUUUCUCGGCGGGUGCGCUGACGUCCGUGACGAACCUGGCGACAAGUAUUUCUCGGAAUCUGGAUCGUUUGUGCAUGGACGAGCAGCACAGCAGACUCCUGGAAGAGCAUCGGUGCCACAGGCCAACUCGGCUUGUCACAGGUCUCACUCAAGGCCUAAGCGGAUUUGGUCUCAGUCUUCUCGGUGCAAUAGCAGGCGUGGUUGACCAGCCCAUUCAGGGUAUCCAAAGAGCCAGCGAUAUGAGGUCAGCGGCCAGUGGCGUGAUAGCUGGCGUCGGAAAGGGACUUCUGGGAGUCGUCACCAAGCCCCUUGGGGGCGCUAUGGAGCUGGUAUCUCAGACGGGCCAGGGAAUACUCCAGGGGUCUGGGCUGAGCUGGCUGCCUACUCGUAGGCACCGUGUUGGAGAGAGCCUGGUAACGAACGUUAGGAACAGCCAUUUGAAAUUUGUGUGGAAAGUACUACAUUUCCAGUCAGAGCCUAGCCUGCUUCUUUGCCUAGACGCCACCAUUGUGACGUCACCAUCCGGGCAUGGCUACAGUGGGUCGAUACUGCUGACCCCAAACACCGUCUACAUCGUCAGUACCGAGUCAGACACGAUCGAACAGUCGCUGAACAUCCGGGACACUGAGAUACGCGCCGAUGAGCGCGACAACAAGACCGUUGUCAUAACAACUCAGCAAGCGGGUUUUAGCGACGAUGAUGUCAGCGAAGUCCCGGAUGCAGGGGACCCCGAGCGGCUGAAGCAGUUUCUACGCGACGCGCAGAACUUCGCGCGUGCUACGGCGGGGAUUGCCGCUGACAGCCCGGAUGCGAUGUAUUGCAGUCGCUUUGUUGCAGUUGUAGAUCCACUCCUGCGUCAGAUAGUUAUAUCUCAGUUUAAAGUUGCCAAAGCUAGGUGCAUUGCCGAAACGCAAUUAUAAUUCUAUCCGCACAGAGUAUGUGAAACUUAAGGCUAAGUUCAAAAAUCGUAUUAUCCAUGAGGCGUGUACAAUGCAAAUUAAUGAAAAUGAACAAGGUGCAUUGUUUUAUCUUCAUUUGCAUGCAUUUGCAUUGCAUACGGCUCAAAAAUACUACGUUUGUACAUGGCCUUAGACGUGAAAUCUACAUCAAUGUACAGCCUAAACAACACAAUGUGGAAAUGUCAGUCUAUAUAUUUUUUUUUUUCCUAUUUGUUUACUAUUCUGUGCCAUAUUGAGCACAGAAAUGAUUAAAUGUGACUUGGAUCAAAGAAUGCGCCGGUGAAUUAUAGAAAAUAACCUCGAA